UUUGGCUUGACUUGAUUAUUUUUUCUGGUCUUACUUGAUAUUCAUGUAGUAACAUUGUCCUAAGCCGUGUGCAGUGUCUGUAAAGAUCACUAUCCACCAUGAUGGCCCUGGGAACAUUUCUUCUUUUUGCUCCUUUACUUAUAGUUUCCGCUAAUCAGGCCUUGAUCUACGAUGCUGACUGCAACGAUGCCAAUAUUUUCAAAGCAGUGGAUGUGGCUCUGAAGAGUUAUAACGCUGGAAAAGUGUUCGGAAACCUAUUUACACUCCACAGGAUCACAACAGCUGGAAUACGGCCAGAAAGUACUGGUUUUGUACAUAAUUUUGUGGAUUACGAAAUCCGUGAGAGUGUCUGUAAGACGCAUAGUGGCAUCGAUUGGAAGAAUUGCGACUUCCUUACACCCACACUUGCUGUAGGGAAAUGCUCUGCGCAUGUCGUACUCAAUCAAGUGCUGAAUAGCAGCGAUGUCCUUUCCCAGAACUGCAUUCCUCCUGAAGAUACCCCUGAACUCUUAGGGGAAAUGAGACCUAUAGAUCCCAACAGAGAAGAUGUGUUGAUAUUAGCCCAGUUAUCCAUUGAAAGGAUGAACAACUUGGGAAGACAUCCAUUUUACUUUGCUUUGGAGAAAAUUGAAACUGCCAACCGUCAGCUGGUGAGUGGAUGGAACUAUCUCAUAAACUAUACUGUCAGGCAAACCAAUUGCUCCAAAAGUGAAAUUAAAAAUGUCAGCUCUGAAGAAUGCAGCUUUGAUAUAAAUGGGCAAUCCGGUAAAUGUGCAACUACAGUACAUAGGAAUCUUCAACAAACAAACGAAAUCACUUAUCUGCAUUGUACGUCAGAUUCAGGAUUUUGCCUUGAAUGUGCUAAUGAAGUAGAACCCAAUAAUCCUGAGCUAUUGAAUUUGUUAAAACAAUUUGUUGAUGAACACAAUGCCAACAGUAGGUCCCAUGCCCUUUACAAACUGUCUGAAGUUGUAAGAGCAACAAAAGAGGGUUCUGACCUAGAAAUAUAUGAAGUCGAGUUAAAAAUAAGUGAAACAAACUGCUCAAGGACCGAACAUGCCAUUCUUGGAGAGGAGUGUGACAUCUUGAUAAAUGGAGAUACUAUAUAUUGCGAAAUUCAAAUAAAUUCUACAGGUUCAGUAAUCCAACCAUGUGUGGAACGAAAGAUUAUGGUAUGUCGUUUCCAGGGAUUUUCUCCUCUUCGUAGUGCUAGACACAGGCGAGAAUUUGACCAUAACAGUAAAGAACAUAGAAAAGAAAAACAUGAGUCUUCUGAAGAGUCCAACGAAGUCUCAACACCAGGAGUGACAGCAACAACAAUGCCUCUGGGAUGUCCUGGAAAAGAGUGGCAGCCAUACAAUCUACCAGAAGAUCCUGGUGUACAGACACUGGCCCAUUUAUCUGGAUUUACUCCUCUUCGAUCGGUUCCGAAGCAAGACGGAGUGUAA